AUGACGUCCCUGCUCCGAGCUGGGUGCUCCACAAGGCGCACGCACAAACCCGGCCCUUUCUGCCCCCGAGGCUGCUGCAGCAAGUACACAGUGUCACCGCCGAGUGCGGCUUCCGUGGGCCUGCAGAACAAGCCCGUGCUGCUGCUGGUGGCGGCCGGUUGUGGGGGGCCGCUUCCCUCCCGCCCGCCACGCCCAUCGGACCGGGCCGCAGCGCCAGUGUCCCGGGGCCGCGAGGCUUCCCGGCACCUGCAGACCCCAAGCAUCACGGGCAAAGGCACCGCGAUGGCGCCCCUGCACGCGGGGCUUUGGAGCCAGACUGACCUCGUUCCAACUCUGGCUCUGCCCUUCGAGGCCGUGUGGCCCCCGGGGGUCAUCACGCCGCGGCUUUGGUGCCUAUGCUCCGAGGGGAGGCCGAAACGGCGCUCUCCGGUGGUACGCGUCACAGCGUGUUUUCUGCCGACCGUCUGGUUUACCCGGUCCCGAGACGGAAAGGGCGGUGGCGUCUACUCCGGAGGGAUGGCGAGACCGUGGCACUUGCACGCCGUGGCUGCUGUGAUGAACUGCCCCAAGGCGGAGGCCACGAAGUGGACCUUGAAGGCAACAGCCGGGUGGGGCUUCCCUGUCUGUCGAGGCUGCUCUGGUGCACACGCGGCCCAGGGCUCAGGCGUGUGUCUUCCUCGGGACCCCGGGAGUCCCCUUCAGGGGCCCCAGAGCUCCCCGAGAGUGACCGACGGGCAGAGGGCCCUCGGCAGGUGCCAGACCCACGAAGUUGGCAAACCUUCGUUUCCUCGAGGUGUGCCCGGCCCUCCCUGGACCAGCUCUGCCUGGGACGUGGAUUCCGCACAGGGAGGCCAAGACCGCCGUCCGCGCGCGGCAAAUGAGGCGGGGAGCCAGGGGGCCCUGUACCCGGAGACGGUUCUCUCCGUCCAGGUGCCAGUGGCCGCGUGCGGGGUGGUGGGCGGCAGUGUGGCCUGCCGGCUUCUCCGCCCCCACGUCCAGAGCGGCCCCCGCUUCCCGCACCUGGCUGUCGCCGACGGCCCGGGCCUGGGCAGCGCGGCUCUCGCCCGGCCGGACAACACCCUGGCGCUACGUGCCCACGCGGCCGUGGUGCUGGACGCGCUCGCCGGCUUCUCCAGCGCGGCGGGCCUCUGUCUCCUGGCGGCCGUGAGCGCUGAGCGCUCCCCGGGCACCUGCUCUCCUUCCUGGUGUCGCCGCCACCGCCCGAAGCGCACUGCGGCGGCCUCGAGCUCCCUGAGCCUGGCCCCUGGCGUCCUGGGGCUGCUGUCCGUGUGGCCCUUGCGGCUCACCCGGCCGUCUACGUCCUCGCUCUGCACCUCGACAGGAGACGGCGCCCGGGGUCCCUGAAGACCCUCCUCCGGCCCCGCCGAGUGAGACAGAGGCAUAAGGGGAGGGGGCCCCUGCCAGCCGCAGGGUCGGCCCCGUCACAAAGCCACGUUCUUCUGGCCAACCACACCCACGUGUGCUCUCGCGGCCACCGCGUCACAGCCACCUCCUCUCCCCGUGACCACCCCACUUCCCCAGUGCCCAUGGGAAACCCCCUGGGAGCGGGACGGGAGGCGGAGCGGCGACCCGGGUCCUCCGCCCUCCCUGUGUCCAAGGUUCUGGCCCCCUCCGACCCCGCCCAUCCCUCCCAUCCCCCAGAUGAGGGCUGACUGCCCCCAAAUCUGCCUCCCCCUCAGCCUCAGUUUCCCCAUCCUCGCCUCCCUGGAAAGCCGGGAUCACACGACCGCAUCAGAAGAAAGCCGUGUCUGGCUCGGGGAACUGAAAUCCAGGCCCAAGCGGGGUGUUGACCAGCUGUUCCCGCUUCCUCCAGGUUCCUUGGUUCCAAGUCCCCUGCACCCACCGCCCCAGAGCAUCCCCACACUUUUCCCCUUCCCUCCACCGUGACCACUAGGCGCAUGUCACCAGCCGCUCUCCCCCGUGGCCAGAAUCUCAGCUGAGCCCCGUGACCAGACUUGGGCUCUGUCUCCACCACCGACCCCCAACUGAUCCCCUGUGCCCAGCACAGCCAGGCGCCCCGGCCUCCACCUGCUGUAAGAGUUCGGUUGCCCAGGAUGGCGACGGUGCCCUGAGCGCGGCCCCAGGGUCUGUUGGUUUCAGACCUUCCCUGCCUGGACCUGAAGCGACAGCAGGCAGGGACCAUGCCCCCCGUCCCCCCUGUUGGCCGGUGUUCCCAGCAAACAGCAAACUGCCUGCACCUGUUACGUCUCAGCACACACAUCAGCCGGCGGAACUGGUUUGUAAAACGUGCCGAAUGGAUCGGUGAGCGGUGUGCCCUCUUUCUUUCAUAUACACAAGUGAUGCGCGUGCUAACGCUGUUCUUGAGAUGUUCGGAUGCAAACGAUCCUCAGAGCAGCGCCUGGGUGGCUCAGUCGGUUAAGUGUCUGACUUCAGCUCAGAGCACAACCUCGCGGUUCGUGAGUUCGAGCCCCGCGUCGACAGCCUGGAGCCUGUUUCGCAUUCUGUGUCUUGCGCU